GGGAGAGAGAAAGAGAAGGAGAGAGAGAAAGAGGAGGAGAGAGAGAAGGGGAGAGAGAAAGAGGAGAGAGAGAGAAAGAGAAGGGGAGAGAGAAAGAGAAGGGGAGAGAGAAAGAGAAGGGGAGAGAGAAAGAGAAGGAGAGAGAGAAAGAGAAGGAGAGAGAGAAAGAGAAGGAGAGAAAGAGAAGGAGAGAGAGAAAGAGAAGGAGAGAGAGAAAGAGAAGGAGAGAGAGAAAGAGAAGGGGAGAGAGAAAGAGAAGGAGAGAGAGAAAGAGAAGGGGAGAGAGAAAGAGAAGGGGAGAGAGAGAAAGAGAAGGGGAGAGAGAAAGAGAAGGAGAGAGAGAAAGAGGAGGAGAGAGAGAAGGGGAGAGAGAAAGAGGAGAGAGAGAAAAAGAGAAGGGGAGAGAGAAAGAGAAGGAGAGAGAGAGAAAGAGAAGUGGAGAGAGAGAAAGAGAAGGGGAGAGAGAAAGAGAAGGAGAGAGAGAAAGAGGAGGAGAGAGAGAAAGAGAAGGAGAGAGAGAGAAAGAGAAGGGGAGAGAGAAAGAGAAGGAGAGAGAGAAAGAGGAGGAGAGAGAGAAGGGGAGAGAGAAAGAGGAGAGAGAGAGAAAGAGAAGGGGAGAGAGAAAGAGAAGGAGAGAGAGAAAGAGAAGGGGAGAGAGAAAGAGAAGGAGAGAGAGAAAGAGAAGGGGAGAGAGAAAGAGAAGGAGAGAGAGAGAAAGAGAAGGGGAGAGAGAAAGAGAAGGAGAGAGAGAAAGAGGAGGAGAGAGAGAAGGGGAGAGAGAAAGAGGAGAGAGAGAGAAAGAGAAGGGGAGAGAGAAAGAGAAGGAGAGAGAGAGAAAGAGAAGGGGAGAGAGAGAAAGAGAAGGGGAGAGAGAAAGAGAAGGAGAGAGAGAAAGAGGAGGAGAGAGAGAAAGAGAAGGGGAGAGAGAAAGAGAAGGGGAGAGAGAAAGAGAAGGGGAGAGAGAAAGAGAAGGAGAGAGAGAGAAAGAGAAGGGGAGAGAGAAAGAGAAGGAGAGAGAGAAAGAGGAGGAGAGAGAGAAGGGGAGAGAGAAAGAGGAGAGAGAGAGAAAGAGAAGGGGAGAGAGAAAGAGAAGGGGAGAGAGAAAGAGAAGGGGAGAGAGAGAAAGAGAAGGGGAGAGAGAAAGAGAAGGAGAGAGAGAAAGAGGAGGAGAGAGAGAAAGAGGAGGAGAGAGAGAAGGGGAGAGAGAGAAAGAGAAGGAGAGAGAGAGAAAGAGAAGGGGAGAGAGAAAGAGAAGGAGAGAGAGAGAAAGAGAAGGAGAGAGAGAGAGAGAGAAGGGGAGAGAGAGAAAGAGAAGGAGAGAGAGAGAAAGAGAAGGGGAGAGAGAAAGAGAAGGAGAGAGAGAAAGAGAAGGGGAGAGAGAAAGAGAAGGGGAGAGAG